AUUUUGCAAAAAUUAGUGUUAUUUUAUGUUCUUUGUUUUCAUUAGCCUUUUACUUAAUGUUUAUUUAAGUUUCUUCAAUUUCCUUUUCACAAGUUUAGCCAUUUUCCAUAAAUUCUUUUCCCGUAAAUCAAAUUAUCCCGUUUUAGCAUCCACCUCUAGCAGACGAACGAACUUUUCUCGUUCCCUUUCGUCCUCUAGAUCGCUUUUUCAUAACAGCUGACCGCUUCUUUCGCUUUACGGUUCUUCUCUUGGUAGUACGUGCACUUUUUCGGCCUCCUGAUGCUCUCUUACUUGAUGAUCGUUUUCUAGUCUUUCUAUUAUUAUUGAUGUUGUUCUGCCUGAUUCGUUGAGCUGAGCCAAUAGUUUGGGCAAUUUUUAGAGCUUCUAAAUUAGCCAUCUCUCAAAGAUUUUUUUAAAUUUUGAUCUAGCUAACCGUCUCUUUAGUCUUUGAAUAUUAAUAUUAAACUGAAUUUUAUAAGUUAAAUUCAAAUUUAAUAAUUAAUUAUUGACGUAAAUUUUGACAAAUAAUUGCAUUUUUAAACUUUUUUUACUCUUUCUCACCGGAAUUGAUUUAUUAGCGUUUCCUGUUGUAGAUUAGUUUGUACUAUAGAACAAGUAGUUAUAGGUUAUCUAAUGGCCUACAAUAAGUAAAACUCUUUACUUCGGGAUCUUAUAGUGUAAUUUGGUGUCCUAUACUGUAACCGAAUAUUGCUUAGCAAGGAUAUAAAUGUGCGAAGUGCAGCGCAUUCUUCUUUUGCACACCACUCUUAACCUUUUUGCAGAUUUUUGCGCACGAAUCGAAAGCGCUGGCCAACCGCAACAGUCCGUUUGAGCAGUAGAUGCAGUAAAAGGUGAGUCUCGGUCGAAAAAAAAAUCGUUUCUUUCCGAUUGAAUUGGAGGUUCAAACAGUAAGAUGGAAGCCGUCGCCGCCUUCUAUGGUGUGUACGUACUAUUCGCUGCCAUCGAUAUUCUUCUAAUUAUAUUUCGAACGCUUCGAUGUCGUUGCGGUAAACGACCGGAAAAGGAAAAAUUUCGAAGAGGCAGCGUUUCACACUCUUGGAAGGAGGCGACGUUGGUUGAAGAGCGCGAUAGGAUGGCUAAGCAAUACGAGAGGGAAGCUGAGGAAAAAUUAAAAAGAGCGAUAGAUGAAGCGACUGCAACGUCUGCAAAGAGCAACCGGUCGAGUAAGCACCUAGCUAGAGACGAUUCUGUAGACGUGAUGGAAGAAAAUUGGGUUGGAGAGCAACUCUGUUGCCAUAACUGCGAAAAGUCUCUUACUGGACAUCGUUAUAUUCUAAGGGAAGAAAAUCCUUUCUGCAUACAAUGUUACGAAAGCCUAUUCGCGAAUUCUUGCGAGGAAUGUAAGAGUCCAAUUGGAUGCGACUCAAAAGAUCUUUCCUAUAAGGAACGUCACUGGCAUGAGAAAUGUUUUAAAUGUUCAGAUUGUGAAAAUUCGCUGGUUGAUCAACCUUUCGCAUCGAAAAAUGAAAAGCUAUACUGCGCUGAUUGCCAUGAUAAGAAUUUUGCUGCGAGAUGCGACGGAUGUUCGGAUAUUUUCCGAGCCGGUAUGAAGAAGUUUGAAUAUAAGGGCAAGCAGUGGCAUGAGCAAUGCUUUACCUGUAAAUCAUGCCAGCAACCGAUAGGUAACAAGUCGUUUAUACCGAGAGAAGGUGAAACGGUCUGUGUUCCUUGUUACGAGGAGCAUUUUGCGCAAAGGUGCUUAAAAUGUAAUGGUGUCAUCAACAAGGGUGGCAUAACCUACAAGGGAACGCCUUACCAUAGAGACUGCUUUACCUGCACUCAUUGCUCGAAGAUUUUAGCUGGAGAGAAGUUUACUUCUAGAGAGGAGCAACCCUAUUGUGCUGACUGUUUCGGUGAACUUUUCGCCAAGAAAUGCUGCAAGUGCUCUAAGCCCAUUACAGGCUUGGGUGGAACGAAAUUUAUCUCUUUCGAAGAAAGACAUUGGCAUAGCGAUUGCUUUAACUGCUAUAAAUGCAAUGCUUCUUUAGUCGGUAGAGGUUUCCUUACCGAUGGUGAUGAUAUCCUCUGCCCGGAAUGCGGACGAGCCUAGGCUUUUGGAGAAUGCGGAAAUAGAAUUUUUCCAUAUAUCCUUGCUCUUUUUUGUCGCUGCUGUGACUUUGCGUUCGUAGUUCUUUGCUUUAAAAAAAAUUAUAUAUGAUAUUGGAAAGCGCUGAAAUUCUUAACCUAUGCAAAUGAAAAAUUCAUGAUAGUAAUUGUGCUGAAACUGGAAUUUUUGUCGAUGAUUAGCUUUUAAAGACUUUGAAAUAUAGAAAAAGAUGAAUAAAAGAAACAUUAGAAAGAAAGCUUGUUGAUUUUGUUUUGUUAUUGU